ACUAUCCAGCUCUAAAAAGUUUAGAACAAUUGGAGCACACUCAACUGCCUCGAGUGGCAAGUUAUGGGUUUGCUGGUAUGAUGCGAAGUCGAAUACCAAAACUAAGAGACAGCAUUAAACAGGCUUCUAAGCAAGAGCUGACGGUCAUUUGUUACUAUUGUGAAACACUGCACCUAGAAAACAGAUGUGUUUAGGAUUUUUUGGAAAAUGUGAGAGAUGAGUCAGAAAAAAUUGGAUUACUGGCAAUGGAACAGACAAGACAAAGGAGCAAUAUUGUUUUGGCUACUGAGUUUAACUUAGUGAAAAUCAGCAAUGAGGAUCUUGAUAAAAGCGUUCAAGACCUGGUUGAUUUCUCACCAGUGUAUCGGUGUCUACACAUUUAUACAGUGCUGGGAGAAAGAGACACAUUUGAGUUAUAUUACCGGACUCAAAGAAAGCAUCAAGCAAGGCUUGUUUCUGAACGGCAAGGCAAUGCAUCUCGAACACUUGCAGCUUAUCAGUCCUAUUUUUAUCAGAUAGCUGGAUUUUUUGUGGUGGAAGAUCAAGUGCUACACACCACAGAUGGACUAAUUACAAGAGAGACUAUGGAUGAUCUUUGGGACAUGGCAGUUUCAAAAGUAGCUGCUGUGCUUCGAGCACAUGAGGCUUACAGUCAAGAAGCUUUGCUCCUUCGUCACGUGAAGGAACUGAUCGUGUGGUUUAAUCAGACAAUGCAGGACUAUGGAUUUAAUGUGAGUCAGAUGUAUGACAUUCUUCUAGAAAUGAGGGAUCUAUACAAUGAAAUGUUGAUGAGGUCAUGGGCCUACAUUUUCAAAGAUAUCUUCCAAACUGAUGAUUACACACCGGUCACUGUACACAACGAGGAAGAUUAUUCUCGAAUGAUGAAACAAUUUCCAUAUCAGGACUUGAACUUGCAUCAGUUGGAUUACCCCAAGACAUUUCCAUUUUCAGGAUUUGUACCUCGUGUGUAUGAACAGGUGACACACUUCAUUGAUGAGAGUGCUAAAUUUGCUGAAAAUCUCAAUCUCAGCCAAACUGAUAUUGACAAUAUGGUGAGGAAGUCAGUAAACCUUCUUCUGACCAGGACAUUAAAUAGCUGCUUGGCUGCUAUGAUCAAACAAGAGAGACUUCGUUUACCACAGCUGAUUCAGAUUUGGACUAACAUGACUCAUUUAGAAGAAGCUUGUCCUCACUGGGAGGAAGCCAUCUCAGCUGUGACUGGGACUGCAUUAGAACAGCUUCAUUCUGCUCGGUUGUACGGAUCUUCAAUAUUUAAGGAUGCAAGAAAAGAUGCUGAAACAGAGUUACGAGAUCAGCUGAAGGGACAGCUCAAUCAGUUUUUUGGUCUUGCCAACUACCAGUGGACACCCAGUGAGAUUGCAAGUGGACCAUCUAGUUAUAUUACAGACAUGGUGACAUUUCUUGACAGCUCCUUUCAAACUGUUUUCAAAGCUUUGCCGGAAGAUGUGGCUGAGACUUGUUGCCUAGAUGCGUGUAAACACAUCGGGAAGACCCUUGUUGGCUUUCUGGCAAGUCCUGAAGAAAGCUCUCAAAUCAACAUGAAUGGUAUAAAAAGCUUUAAUUGGGACAUCAUAAAGUGUGAAGAGUUUGCAAAAACUUGUCCUGUACAAUGCAGUGAUCCUAACAUGCUGCAAAGUGCAUUUGAAGAAAUUCGACAGUUGGUGAAUCUGUUUAUGAAUAUGGAUUGGUCAAGCUAUGUAGCUGACUAUCGAAACCAGUACAGAUCAAAAUAUCCAAGAGUCAAACCGAAAACCAUUGCAGCUGUCCUUGAAAAAUUUAAGGAAAGUGAGCAGAAAAAGUCAAUUUUCACCUUCAAGCGAGGGGAGAGAGACAGACGGAGAUUCCUUGACACAAUUAUUAAACGUCUUCAUGAACUUGCAGAUACUUUCGUUUCUGAAUCUGGUACACAAAUUCCUCACACGGACAGCAAUAUGUAGUACCUAUUUCGUGUAUCUUGGUGGCAUCUUCCGAUGGUGGUUCAACAGCAUAUAGAGAACUGCAAUAAAUUGAUGCUAAACAUUUUGUGUUUGUGAGAGUUGUUAUUAAUUAAUAACGAUUACAAGACCAACAGCCAC